UUAACGACCUGAUUGCUAGUACAGAAAGGAAUUAGCAAUGAGAUGAACUUACGCUGCGGAUCGCUCAUGGUUUUAACAAAUUAAAUCGUAAUCGUAAGGAAAGAAAAGUUUCACAAGAUAAAAGCAAAAAUGAUAUCAUGGAAGUUCGGUUCCAGCCAGUUCCAGCAUGCAUGUAUGUACGUUCAGCAAUUUUCGCGGGAAUUUUACCGAUGGCGUUCGGGUAUCCGCGUGCCGUAUGCCAUCUGCACCAUGUUCUGCACGUUAAGUUAAACUCAUAUGUACAUACCAGUACAUACCAAUACACAUACUCAACUUCAUGCAAAAAGUUUGGUUUGCAUUCAACGAUCGAAAAGGUGCAGAAAGUUAUAAUGUCAAAAGCACAUAGCCCUACUGUUUUUAACGGAGAAGCUGACUGUUUUUAUGACCCAAAUUUUACUUUGGACAUUAACAAAAGGAUGCGUGUACCAAAGAGCAUUCGUGGCGACUACACAGACGACGAAGCAGCUACAAACGACUCCACUUGGAAUCAGAUGGUAGCGGGAGAGAAGUUUGACAUGCAUGUUCCAGAUAGAAUAUUAGUUGUUGGACAGGAACAGUACGUUGGAACGAGAGCAACGCCGAGAGAAAUUGUAUUGGAGAACGCUGUGCUACCACCUGAACCAGGCAUGGUUAGAAUACCGACUCCGCCAAGGAUCUUGACUCUGGACGAUCAUUACUUUCCAACUGUUGACGAGGAGGAACCAAAUGUAUAUUCAACAGAGAUUAAGGAGCCGAUGUCAUCCUCUAAAUCACGCGGACAAUAUUCUACCGAAACGCAAAUAGUUAGGCAUGCCAGAGAACAGACGCCACCGUUGUACAAUGCAGUUAACGUCUCUCUACCACCCAGUGAAGAGAUACAGCAUUUACGUCGACAAGUAGGGAAAUUGAAUCGACGAGUAAUGGCUAUUGAACUCGAGAUGUUACAACGUCAGCAGAGGGAAAAGAUUUUAUACGCGUUGACACUAACGUACUUAAUCCUUAAAGCGUUCUCAUGGUUAACGCGAAACUGAAUUUCCAUUAAGAAACCGUAAACGGUCAUCGUCUUGCAUGAAAAAAAUGGGGUGCUACUGUAGCAUAUGAAUGCAAGACGUAAAAAGUUUUCUUUGCUUUAGGAAAAGAAAGAUAACUAAAGGCUCUUUACCCUGAGUAUGUAAAGGUAAAAGAGCGUGUCGUAUAUAUUCAGAACUAACAUGCCCUUCAUAUUUGCAUGAAAGUGUAUGAAAUUUUUAAACAGCUAACUUAAGAGAUGCAACAGCCAUUGUCAUUUAUAUAUCUGUUUUAUUACGUACGAUAAAUUCUUCAGACUCCUCCUCUCCGAAUUGAUGUAAAGAAUGGAAUAUAUACGAUACAAGAUUUUUUUUUUAAUUUGUUGAAUGUGAACAUUUGAACAUGUUCAUGAGAAGUAACUAGCAUUAUCAAUCGUGCAGAAGAUGAAUUUUUCGAAUACGUUAGUGAUCUAUUAAGAAAUUCAUUUUACAUACAUGUAAUUGGUUAAUAAUAAAAGAAUAUUAGCUACAAUUACAGUAUGAUAGAUAAGUGUAAAUUUGUAAAAGUUAACGAUGUAUCAGUUUUGCUGUGUUGUCUAUUGAAAGUGAAUCUUCUCUACUCACGUUUUUUUCGAUCAUCUAUAUAUAUAUAUAGGUAGGAAUAUAUUGUAGGAAGAUAUUUACAAAAUUGUUUAAAAUGGACUACGUUACGAGUAUUUAGACUAUUGGUUUUGACAUAUUUUUUUCGUGGCCAUUACAUUGAUUGUACAUUUAUAUGUUAUAAAUAAUCUUAAGGGAAAUAAAUAAUACAUGUAAAGAACUGUUUUUCUGAUUCAUGCACAGUAUUCUCUUCGAGUAUGUCACUGCUCAAAGUAAUAAAGGUAAAAUUGAUACAUA